AAAAGGAUGUCAUAUCAGGACUUUCCUGUCAAUCGUUGAAGUUUAUUCCGAGUGUAGUAAGAGAUAAUAAAUAAAUUGAAAUUUGUGAGAAAAUUGUGGAAAAAUGGGUGAUACUCGUUGAAUGCCAAUUUACGCCACUUAUCUGCUACAAAUGGAUAAACCGAUACUUUUACUGCUUGCAACUAUUUUCAUUUGUUUUUUCUCUGGACAAGUGUCUUGUUCAGAAGAUGAGGAACGAUUGGUGCGCGAUCUGUUUCGCGGAUACAAUAAAUUGAUUCGACCCGUUCAAAAUAUGACACAAAAAGUGGACGUUCGAUUUGGAUUGGCAUUUGUUCAGCUCAUUAAUGUGAACGAGAAGAAUCAAAUUAUGAAGUCGAAUGUUUGGUUGCGUCUCGUCUGGAGCGAUUAUCAAUUGCAAUGGGACGAAGCUGAUUACGGUGGAAUCGGUGUUCUACGCUUGCCGCCCGAUAAAGUUUGGAAGCCGGACAUUGUCUUAUUCAAUAACGCCGACGGCAAUUACGAAGUUCGAUAUAAAUCAAACGUGCUAAUCUACCCGAACGGUGAAGUGCUCUGGGUUCCGCCAGCCAUCUAUCAAAGUUCGUGCACUAUCGAUGUCACCUAUUUUCCAUUCGAUCAGCAAACUUGCAUCAUGAAAUUCGGUUCAUGGACAUUUAAUGGUGAUCAGGUUUCGUUGGCACUGUACAACAAUAAAAAUUUCGUUGAUUUAUCGGAUUACUGGAAGUCUGGCACAUGGGACAUUAUUGAGGUGCCUGCUUAUUUGAAUGUGUACAGCGAGGGAAAUCAACCGACUGAAACAGACAUCACAUUCUACAUUAUAAUACGGCGGAAGACGUUGUUCUACACAGUGAAUUUAAUUCUUCCAACGGUUUUGAUCUCGUUCCUUUGCGUGCUGGUGUUCUAUUUGCCGGCCGAAGCUGGAGAAAAGGUCACGCUUGGUAUCAGUAUUUUACUGUCACUGGUUGUGUUCUUGUUGCUGGUAUCAAAAAUUCUUCCACCUACAUCACUUGUGCUUCCAUUAAUAGCCAAAUAUUUACUUUUUACUUUCAUCAUGAACACUGUUUCUAUAUUGGUAACAGUUGUCAUUAUUAACUGGAAUUUCAGAGGACCCAGAACCCAUCGAAUGCCAAUGUGGAUUCGUACAGUCUUCCUGCACUAUCUACCGGCUAUGUUGCUAAUGAAGCGUCCGCGAAAGACUCGCCUUCGUUGGAUGAUGGAAAUGCCGGGAAUGAGUGUACCACCGCAUCCAAAUCCGUACGGAUCACCAACCGAACUUCCGAAACAUAUCAGUUCCAUAAAUGCCAAACAAGCGAAAAUGGAGGUUAUGGAGUUGUCCGAUCUACAUCAUCCGAAUUGUAAAAUCAAUCGGAAAAUCAACUGCGGUGGAGAUCUGGGUGGUGUUACGGAUUCGUGCCGGCGUGAAAGCGAAAGUUCGGACUCAAUUUUGUUAUCGCCAGAAGCGAGUAAGGCAACGGAAGCAGUGGAAUUUAUCGCAGAGCAUCUGCGCAACGAAGACCUUUACAUUCAGACUCGUGAAGAUUGGAAAUACGUUGCAAUGGUCAUCGACAGAUUACAGCUUUACAUAUUUUUUAUUGUUACAACCGCCGGUACCGUUGGCAUUUUGAUGGAUGCACCGCAUAUUUUUGAAUAUGUCGAUCAAGACCGUAUUAUUGAAAUCUAUCGCGGCAAGUAAAUUAAUUUGAUUGAUAAGGUUGAUAAGGUAUACCAUAUUCAUAUGCCAAAAUGGCAUUGCCAAUUCACAUCAUCAAUUUAAUGAAACUCAAAGUUUUAUUUUAAAAUGACACAGUUUAACCGAGUGGUAGCUCACUUGUGUAAGUUAAAUAGCCGACCAAUACAAACGUAUAACAGCACUACUAUUCUCGACGGAAGGGACAAGCAGGUAAAUCCACUCAUAUCUCGAAGGGAGAAUAGAUGCUUGUAGGUUUAUAUUGAGACUAUUUAUUGUAAGUAAUUUGGCAUGCACUACAUCGAGUAAGUAUGCCACACAAAACGGGUAAAUGCUGCCACACGAUUUUAUUAGUGAAAGUAGCCUCCCCCCGUAAUUAACUAACUUAUUAUUAACGUAAGGUCGGACUGUGUUUAUUUGUUGACUUAUAUGAUAUUUGAUGGUGGUUCUGAAGCCGGAUCGAGUUAAUAUGGCAGUUAAGAAUUUAAAAACUGAUUUGGCUCAUUAUGCUGCGAAGUUUGCUUUUCAUCUACAUUAUAAUCACCCAUGAUGUACGGUCACUCGAAAAUAUCUACAAAAAUCAUUGCAUUGAAAACCCGAUUGAAGCACACAUUAUUCGCACUCAAGCAGAAAAUAGCCAGAAAAAAAUACAAUUUUCACCUAGACAUAUUCAGUAGAAGAGGGAUUAGACUAUGACGGUUAUUUCCAUCAAGGUCGACAACAUUAUAUGCAUCUAAAAUGCACUGAUUUUAUUCAACGACACGUAAUGGACAGCCGCCAAAUAUUUUGCGGUGGUCAUGUUGUCUAUUCAGAGCAAUUAAAAUUCUUAGAUUGAAUAGAUUGAUCAAUAAUUGUACCAUAAAACAAUUAUCAAAACAUUUCUCAAACACAUUUCCUUGAUUAUAAUCGGAAUAAAGGGAUACCAAUAAAAGUUUCUAUCUUUUCAUUCAUUUUGUUCGUUCCAUUCGUUCCACAUGUCAUAAGAGCAUCGACUCUCUGAACACAUUUAUUCCAAUUCCACAAGCAUGUACGAUUGAGUGCAACACGACUCUCUUUCCGUUAUAUUUUGUAGACAACAUGUGGAACGAAAUGUGGAACAAAAAAAAACCGAAUAUUGUAGGACGUCAAACACAUAAAAUGUUUAAUUGCGAUGAUUUAGAGGCUGGUCGGUGGUUCUCUAAAGAACUGCUGUCUUAUGCAGAUAUUCAUAAGUACAAUUAGUGGUUUAAUGAACCGAAAAUUAAAGUGCCAGACGUUAGCUUUAAAAUUCAAUCGAUUGUCUAAGCAAAUUGAGAAAUGGAAACAUUUCAUUCGAACUAAUCAAAGUCAUAUAAGUUAUAUUUAAUUUUUACAGUUAACAGCGACACGGUAACUAACUUAAUAAAUAAAUAAAAUCCCGGUAGGACUAAGUUAAUAUAAUUUUGUGUAGUAGUGGAACUUUUGUUCACAACAAAAUGUGUGGUUCAAAAAAUGAAAUCAUCGAAACAAUUAUUUUUUUCGGUGAAAAUACAAUUAUCUGUUAAGGAUGAAGUAGACUACAUCUCUAGCUCCGUUAGCCGGAGUUCAUGUUUACCUCAAUCUAGCGGAUAAAAUAAAUUUCGCAACUAGCUUCGAAAUUGUUGUUUUGACUAGUCGAAUUGUAGUCCCUGUCUUUGGCUCUCGCUACAAACAGUUCCCACAUGUCAAAACAAAAAUUUUUUGAAGUCGAUGGCGGUAUGUAAUAUUACUUAUAAAUGUUGGCUCAAAUGAAUUAAAAAAAAAUAUGAAAAUCACCAAUUAAUGAAUAAAACAUAGAUCACGAAAUAUAACAGUUUUAAAUACAACGACUUAGUCUGAACCUUAAGCUCCCAUCGGUACGCAUUCAGCGUCUCAUUAUAUAUAUAAUACAGAUGCACGUCGGGUGAUUGGUGCAAUCGGAUGAGAACGCAUGAAUGCAUUCAGUAUACAAUUUCAAGUUACAUAAGAAUUUAUAUUCGAGUUUUUAGUUCAUGGUUUGGUCUUGAAGUUCAGACGAAGCAGUAGUUGUAAGCAAAUUGAGCGACAACGGAAUGAAAGCCAAAACUUUCUUCGGCAAUUUUCACCAGCUGGUUUUUGUUUUAUUCUGAUGCUUGCAUUAAUAUAUAGCUUAUGAAGUUUCUAAGGACAUCAAACAACACAGUUAACAAUCAAACUAAUUUAAAUAGAAAAGGCUUCGGGAUAUAUAAUUUAAUGAGUUUUGUGUCAUAUAACCCAUAUUAUAAAAGCGUUUGCUAUAUAUUGACCAUUUUGUACAUAAUGAAUGCAAUUUAUAGCAGCUGGUCAAAAACCAGUGCAUGGCAAGUUUUGGCUUGUUAUUUCGACGUCGCCACUAUACAAUGAUGUAAUUAAGUUUUUUGUUACGGUACUCGAAUAGUUAAUUAAUUAAAAUCUAUAAAAAAAAUUUCUACGAGCGCUAAAUCGAGUAUCUAAUAGCUGUUAAAACAAAAAAAAAUAUAUGAAACCGAAACGUUAACAUUCAUUCAAAUCCAUCUAAUUUGAUCGCUAAAUCAAAAUCUGAAACAAUUUCGUUAACAAAACAUUUUUCAUACAUAAAGUUUAAGGAAGAUUUUACAUGUUUUUUGUUACGGAUCCAUAGCCGGUAUAGAGUGGCUAUGUUACAAUAUUGAUAAAUAAGACAUAUUUACACCAAAUAAACAAUACGCGUGUCAUAACAAACACUAAAAAGUAUUCGUAAAUAAACAAACAAAACAAAAAAAUUAGCAAAAAAUUGUUAUGUAGUCGAUCAAGUCGAGAGCAUAAUUCAAACACAGUUUUCCACAGCGCGCUACAAAUUCUUUAACAUGGCAACACCACUUUCGUGACGAAUGUAAUUGAAGCACUUCAAUUCCUGACCACAUACGCAAGCAAAAAAGAAAGAGUCUUCGUCACAUAAUAAACUAAGGCCUCAGAACUGGAGAGAUCACUAACCUGAUCUGUCUAAAAGGCCUCUUCAAAUAGUUUUGUUUUCUUGUUUGCUUCUAUUUUCCGUUGAAAUAUUUAUAUGAUCGAUCAGUCGGUUGCGUAGCACUCAAUUAAAGGCACUAAAUAAUUCACCUUCACGGCACUAAAUACUUCACUUUCAUCCUAUGCGAAGAAUUUACGAAUUGUGCAAGUAAUAAAUUAUAAAAUUAAUUAAUUUUUCUUACAUUAAUGUCAAUUCAAGAACUGCACACUUUACGUGUCACAACAAGAAUAUUUCGUACAGUCGUGGAAUUGAUAUCACUAUCAGAAUCUUUGAUUUGCCCUCGAUCCAAUUAAUUUUAUUUAAGGCACAUGUGGUCCCCACGUCAUCAUUCUUAAAAUUGAAGUUAUUCCGUAUACUUUAAGAUCACUCGUGUGUUGAAAGUAAGAAUGUGCAAUACGGUGAACAAACUGAUAUUGUCAUUGUAACAUGAAAAUUCAAUUUCCAAUGUACACACUUGUGUAAAAUUGGUUUUAUUUAUUAGUGGGAUCAUUUUUAACACUGUUAGUAUUUCGCCAAUUUUUGAAAUCAAGAAAAGGAAGUUGUGUUAGCAGCGUGAUAUAAGUUGUUUGUUUCUUAAGUUAUUCAUAGUUCUAAUUCAAAUAUGUCUUCUAAUUUAGUGUAAUUUAUUGCUCAAUUUUCUCAAUAAGUAUUUAUUAAAAAUUACGAUUAGGUUGACAAUGGAAAUAUUAAAGAAAUGAUAAGUUGAUAUCUCCUUGCAGCGAUAUCAGCUUUCUUAUUUCUCUGGAAAAUAUGCAUGCAUAGCCGAUUGGAGACAGAGCGAUAGGAUUGUAAUAGUAAUUUUUUCUGUACUGUACUGAGCGUUGAGAAGACUUUCGAUGAUGAGAAUGUUAACCUGUUACUGGUCAAAAUUGAUAGAAUUCUUUUGUUCUAAUGUCAAUUUUCAUACUGUACGUACUACGUAGCCCCUACGUCACUCUCUAAUUGGCCAGUUACGAACAGAUUGAAGUACAAGAUUUGAAAUAAAACUCUUGAAAAUACUUAGAUCGAAUAAGGUAAAAGAUCCGAUAGUAGAAGUAACAUACCCCGUAAACGUCAGAUAGCAAAUUAAAAAGAAAAUAAAGUUACGUUUAUAAAACGCUCAGUGUAUUAGUAUUUAGAAGGUGCUGACCGUGAACAGAAUGCUCACUUAAAAUGUUCAAAAACCUUACAGGUCGGAGUAUUUUGUUGUUAUUACGAAAAUAUCGUAUUCCUCUGAAUUAGAAAGAGUCAAAAGAGAGAAAUAGCUAAACGUCUUCUUAUGUCCACUGAUGUCCACUUAACGCAGUCACUCUCUUUUCAAAAAGAAAAUGAAAACUGCUCUAUCUUUCCAUCGGUAUAACGUAAACGGUGAGCAAACGGAGUGAAGUGCGAUCCUAGUUUAACAGAUAUGACGUUGCCUCGUUCUUUGGCGUUGUGUUAAAUACAAUCAAAUACAAUACUCUGAACUUGCCCUAUAGCGGAACGUUUAACUUAUACUCAGCUUUAAAAGGCAUUAGGGAGUUGCCGCAAACGACUUAUAACUUACAAGUCAACUUAUAAAUAUAAGUUAUAAGUAAGUGCGCUAUAAGUUAUAAGUCAUGCGGUUAUAAGUUCUGUAAAAUCUGUCGCAAUUUGUAAAAAAUGGACAAAUUUUACAAAUUUAACAAAAUUUGAAGCUUGACUUAUAACUUAUAAACGCAUGACUUAUAACUUAUAGCGCACUUACUUAUAACUUAUAAUUAUAAGUUGACUUGUAAGUUAUAAGUCGUUUGCGCAAACUCUCUAUUAAGUCGUAAGGAGUUAUAAAUUCGAAAUCUUCUUUUGGCUAUGUAUUGAAAAUAAGCUUGACAACACAGGCGAUGGGAAUUAUGAUACUAACUUUUUACGUGUGCAUUUCCCUUGUAAAAUGUCAAAUAUACAUUACUGCAGCUUUAUUGUUAUAUAUUUCGUUCUGUUCCAUAUGCUCAAUUUAAGACAUUCACAAAUUUAUAGAUACGUUUACCUAAUCGAUAUUAUAUUGUACAAUGUUAUUUACAUUUACGUUUUAUUAAUUAAUUGCUCUAAUUAUACCUUCAAAUUUUUAAACAUGGUUAGUCUAAGCAAUGCAACAAUAAAAUGAAAAAAGAAGAAAGAAAAUAGGAUGAAUGCAAUUUAAUAAACACAAAAAUGUUUUAGAAUUUAUAUAAAAUAUGGCUCGUAUAUCCGCAAAUUUCAAAUUUAAUGUAAAACAAAACCAAAAAAACAUAGGAUAAUAAUAAAUUUAAUGUAAAACAUUAGUUAAAUGCAAUCCAUAA